UUGUUUUGAACAGGACUCAGCUCUUAAAAGGGCCUGAAAAAUCUCUGUAGAAUUACCAAUAUCAUUAAAAAUUGUCUUUAACCGUUGAGGGCUGAGAAAAAUUAAAAAUGGCAGACGACGUGGAGUUCGAAGAUUUUGAGAUCACAGACUACGAUUUGAUGGAAGGAAUGGGUCUGGGCUUUAGAAGACGCAAAAUGACCAAAGAAGACGCCAUCUACGGCAUUUGGGCGGACAAAGAUUCGGAUGACGAUGACAGACCAAGUUUCUCUGGGAAAAGGAAGAAGGAUUAUACAAAACCUCUGAAUUUUGUCAGUGGGGGAGUUGUACAGAAAGGAAAGGACAAAAAAACAGAUGAUGACGAUGCUGCCAGUGUUGGUAGCAGUGCUAGUGAGAAGGGUCCAGGGUCUGGGAGAAAUUCUCCUGUUGUCAGAGAUAAGAAGCUGUUUAAGGGAACUGGAGUCAAAAAAGAAACUGGCCCUCUAGGGCCUCAGAUGUUUGCUAAGAAGCUCCUGAAGACUUCUGGAAAGGAAUUUGGAUCAUUUGAAAAGUAUACAAAAGGGUUUGGCAUGAAAAUGCUUCAGCAGAUGGGUUAUGAGCCAGGAAAAGGUCUGGGAAAGGAUGGACAGGGUAUUGUGUAUCCAGUAGAAGCCUUUAAACGUGAGGGACGUGGAGCACUAGGAAGUUAUGGUCCAGAGAGAAGCAAGAAAGCUCAAGAGUUACGACCUGUUUAUGAUGAAGAAGAAGAAGAGGAAGAAAAAUUUAAAGAACAACUUCAACAGUGGAAGAAGACAGAGGAGGGAUAUUCAAAGCCAAAAUAUGUUUACAAAACAGUGGAUGAGGUUAAGGCAACAGGAGGAAGUAAAAAAGGGCCAUCAAUAUCUCUGAAGCACAGCAAGAUAAAGGUUGUCGACAUGACAGGACCUGAAACAAAGAUCCUGACUGGUUAUGGUUCAAUUGCCCAACAGCAUGCCAAACCAGGAGAAGUCCCUCCAACUACUUCAGUACGAGAUGCUGAGGCAGCCUUUUCCAUGCCUGAGUUAACAUAUAAUUUAAACCUCCUGAUUGAUAUGGCAGAGACAGACAUCAUACAAACAGACAGACAGUUGAAAUUCGAGCGAGAUCUUGUGGUAAAUCUUAAACAUGAAGAAGAGAAGUUAAGUGCAGUGCUAGAACGAGAAGAAAAGGAUAUAAAGAGAUUAAUGGAGGUUAUCAAUAUGAUUGACAGUUGCCGACAACAGUCACUGUCACCAGAUGACGAUGCUCUCACACUUGACAAGUGCGAGGAAAUGUUUAAUACUUUACAGGAAGACUACUAUGAGGAAUUUAAGAUGUACGACCUGGCAUCUUUAGCUGAGCCUCUGGUUUUCUCUUUGGUGAGGAAGUAUUUUCAAGGAUGGAAUCCACUAGUUAAUCCUUUGCACGGUUUAGAGGUUAUGGUCCGAUGGAGAGAAAUACUGGAGAGAAAAGAAGCAGAGAAUUCUGCAUUCAGUCUGACAUUGGCACAAGGGACAGCACAUGGCGAGGAAGCAAUGAAGAUGUACGACCGACUUGUGUGGGAAGUAUGGAUGCCCUUUCUUCGUUCUGUCAUGUGUUCUUGGACUUGCCGUGAGUACGAUAGCAUGCUGAACUUGAUUAAUGUCUGGAUACCAGUCCUUCCAGAGUGGAUUUUGGAAAACAUCAAACAACAGUUGAUUCUGCCUCGUCUGCAGGCGGAAGUAGAUGCUUGGAAUCCAUUAACAGACACUGUUCCUGUUCAUGCCUGGAUUCAUCCUUGGCUUCCUCUUAUGGGUGAUCGACUCGAGCCCUUGUAUGCACCGAUCAGAUUCAAGCUUGCUUCGGCCCUCACCAACUGGCAUCCCUCAGAUCCUUCGGCCAAAAUGAUGCUGGAACCUUGGAGUAAGGUGUUCUCCAAAGGCACAAUGGAUGCGUUCAUUCUUCGCUCAAUUUACCCCAAAUUGUCGCAGUGCUUGUCAGAAUUCAUUAUAAACCCUCACCAGCAGCACUUAGAGCCUUUUCAUUGGGUCAUGGAGUGGGAGAAUAUCAUAACACAGCAGCAUUUUAUCAGUUUGUUAGAAAAACAUUUCUUUCCGCGUUGGAUUCAGGUUCUCCGUGGUUGGCUCAGUGUCAGCCCAAAUUACGAUGAAGUGAUUCAGUGGUAUUCAGGCUGGAAAGGCAUGUUUAGUGAGGAUCUACUCAACAAUCCAACCAUCAAAGUUCAAUUCAACCGAGCUCUUGACGUCAUGAACCAGGCUGUUACGUCACCAGGGGGCGUUUUACAGCCAGGUGCCAGGGAGAAUAUUGCUUAUCUCACCAGCACUGAGAGAAGGAGGGAAGCAGAAGCGGCAGCCAUGGCAGCGGCAGUUGAAAAACAAAAGGCUGAGGCAGCUCGCACUUUGGCCGCAUCUCAGAACGUCCCGUCGAACUUCAAAGAUCUCAUACAAAACUUGGCUGAAGAAAACAAUCUUCUUUUCAUGCCAACUCCUAAUCGGCGUUUUGAAGGAAAAGCUCUGUACUCGCUUGGUAAAGUGACUCUAUACAUCGACAGAGGAGUUGUGUUUGUAAACACACAAGGCGUGUGGAAACCUGUAUCAUUGCAGGACUUAAUGACUUUGGCAAAGUGAUGGAGUGUAGCUCAUGGAAAGAAAGGCUUUGUUUUUGAAAGAAAACUCGCUACUGUAUUGCCAGAGCGAACAAGAUACGGCAAAAGGAAAAUUCUGGAGAAAGCACUGAGUAGUGCUAGUAUAUGGCAGCCGCUCCUUGUCCUAGCUGUCGAGAAGCUGGUGUAACCUGCUAUGGACUUACAUCCCAUUCAGGGGGGAAUGGCAUUACUUCCAGUCACUUUAUGCUAAAGGAAUCGAAAUAAGCUCUGACUGGAUGGGCCAUUUAUCCUCAUAAGACAAAAGCACUUCCAGUGGUACAACACUCGCAAUCAUUGUGUUAUAUUCAGGAAGAGGGUGGGGCAGUCCGGACCUUCCCCCCCUCAUCCCAUCCCAUUCCAUCAGACCUCUGAUUUUUUUUUCUUAACAUCUGUAUGAUACCAAAACCCUUGCAACUACAGGGUUGUAUGUUACAACAAAAAAUGAAGUAUUUAACAAUUGCUUUCCAUGUAUAUUUUUCAGUUAAUUUAGGAUAUAGGGUUAAAAAUUAUCUGUUUUCUAGGUCAACCUUCGAUCUCCAUUAUCAAAUUUUCUCGAUCUACUAGCAUUCAAGCAGGCCCAAAUUAUAAGCGCUUCUGCUCGAGUGUUUCUUCGCCCGGGGGAAAGUAUGGGGCCUUGACAAAUGCAAGCCAACGAGAGGUAUGAAAGGGUCUAGCACACGCCCUGGCAACCUUUGCCCAACUCAUUUCCAAUCCUCCCGUAGACGAAGAAACGUACGUCCUGCAUCGCUAGAAAUUUUACUUAGCUUAAUGUUCUUCCUGUCACUCACAAAAAACGUUUCAUCAUAAACACACAAAGCACAACAGUUCGAAAGCUUCACAUGUUGAUUUAUUCAGAUACAGUUUUCCAAAAUUACAGUCAUUCAUUAUUUGAUACAAUUUUAUAAUACUUCGUUUAAAAAAAAUUAAGUUUCUCUAACUUAGAUCUAUAGUAUUAUUUUUAAUGGAAGACAUUGUACUUCUAGCAUAAAUAACAAUAAAAUAAAUGUUUAGUUAUUUUUGAACAGAUGAUAACAUUUUCUGUGAACAAUGCGUCUUGCAUAUUGACAUUGAGGACAGCAACAUUGAUACUUGUUAUUUUUUGCUUUUUUCUUAGCUUGUAAGAAUACAGUGCUUUUC